UGACUUCACAAUCCUGAGAUACUUAAUUAGGAGCUCGUCGGGAAUGUGGCUGCAUGGACGCUACUCGUCUGUAUCGCUCACUGAAGCAACACAAUAAGUUUGCAGUAUUACACUUCAAUCAAAAACUUAAUCCGAAGACAGAAAGAUGCAAGUCUUCUUCCUAUCUCUGUUGUUUGAGGUCGUCGUGGCCCUAAACGUCGAUCGAAAUAAUGACAACUCGCCGUCUACGCGAGAAUUUAAACUCGCACGUGAAAGCGAACACACCCCGGGACAAGACGGAACAUUCAGCGCGAGAUCGUUCAUAAUGAACCAAGGCAACAUCAGAGAAACAUUCAACAAAAUAUACGCGUAUUACCUCCCUAUCCCCAAGAGCCUCUACCCUGACCACGGGCCGUUCAAACCUGCAACGAACCUGUCGCGCGAGUGUGCGCGUGACGUCAUCACGAUACACUCGGCGUUCCAAGGGUCAGGAGGAGCGUUGAGUCCUGGACACGACCGUCAAGUUUGGCCAGCAAAACUAAUGGACUCGUGGGGCAAGGGAGAGGAUGGCAUCUUCAGCGGCAAUGCUCGCUGGCUGGGCUUCAUUGACCAGUGCUUGGCCACGAUCGGCGUCUCUCAAGACGUCGUCGUCGACGCCACCACCGACGUCGGUCAGGACGUCUUUAUCGGCGUCAAGACCACCACCGACGUCGGUCAGGACGUCUUCGUCGGCGUCAGGACAACCACCGACGUCGGUCAGGAAGUAACCACCGACGUCUCCACAGACGUAACCGUCAACGUGACGUUCAGAGGGCAGUACUGCCUCGUCACGGCGCUGCCUUCCAAGGCGUCGCUGGUGAAGGGGAUCCUUCCGCUGCAGUACGCGACCUGCAUCCCAUCGACCUGCACCGAGCGCGAGUAUCAGGAGAGCCUGGCCGUGCAGCUGCCAACCUACCAGGAUGCCAGUGCCCGCUGCCAGCAGUACGAUGAUCAGGACGACGAUAGUACUUGGCACAUUGCUGGCAGUGCGGUGCUGCUGAUGAUGAUCCUGCCGGUGGUGGCUGCCACCGUCGCCCACCUCAGCACAAAACGCUUGCCCGCUUGCGUGAAGGCGUUCUCCCUGAAGGAGAACCUGAAGAAGCUGGCGGAAACCGCGAACAUUUCUACGCGUAGAGAGAAAAGUGCGAUGUGUGGCAUCAGGGUGCUGUCUAUAGCGUGGGUCAUUUUCGGACAUCACUACAUCUUCAUACCCUACGUGGCCCCCAACCCACUCAUGAUACCCGCAAUGACGGAGCCUUGGACAUUCCAAAUGGUGUGGGGAGCAACCUUUGCUGUGGACACUUUUUUCACUCUCAGUGGCCUGCUCACCACCAUGGCCAUCAUGAAGACAAACUUCUGCCUGCGUCCAAGUGAAUCCCUACAGGAAACUAAGCCUCACUUGGAGCACGGGCGGCGUGAUACUACCAUAAGCAAUGCAGGAGGAAGUUCCUCAGCGCGCACUAUAGUCCGCGCCAUCAGGCGGCAGGGCGCGGCAUCCACCGCACUCGUGUUCGGACGAACAUACGUCAGUUACGUCGCCCACCGCCUUCUAAGAAUAACGCCGACUCUGCUGCUCGUCAUCAUGUACUGCGCUGGGCCUUCACUUUAUUUCGUCCAUGGACCUUACCGCAAAACAUAUCAAGAUUUUUACCUAACAAACUGCCGUAAAAAUUGGUGGGUGGACCUCACCUUCGCAUCGAACUUCCUGACUGAAAAGCAUUCGUGCAUCGGCACAAGCUGGUACAUUGGAGCAGACUUGCAAUUGCACCUCGUCGCCCCCUUCAUCCUACUGCCAAUGAAGCUCCUGGAUUACAAGUUGCUGUACCUUCUCGUUUUGGUGAUCGUUUUUUCGGUUGUAAAAGGAAGCUUGGUCGUCGCCCAUGGCCUCAUCCUCGCCCCUCUGCUAGACGCCUCUCCUUCAGAGAUGGACGCGUACAACUCAUUCGUGUCCUACACUCCGUACGUCCGGGCGGCGCCCUUCUUCGUUGGUUCUUUGUACGCCAUCACACCAAUGCACGUAACUAUGCGCCACCAAUGCACGUAA